AUGCUGUGCUCUGGAGAUCGUGAGAAGGGAGAUGUGGCCAUGGAGGAGAAAUGGGAUUACGUGAAUCUUGACGAUUUCAAAUCCGAAUCCUGCUGGACGCCUUUCUCAUACUUCUUCCUAUGGGUAUUCUUCAUCAUUUCUUUGGCCGUCUAUGGUGUCGAUACCUUCACGGCCGUCAAUUUGCUGGCAUUUUCCCGUUGGUCUGGCAGAGUUGAGCCGGCCAUUCCCUUCAACAUCUCGCGAUGGAUUUUCGCCGCUUGCAUUAUCGCCUCGUUCGUUCUUCUGGCAUACCGGUGGUUCCAUGCGAUUCGUGCCAUUCGAUCGGGGAGUAUCACGCGCAGCUUCUUGGACCCUCUCGCCGUGCGCGUGCAGAGUAUCCGUUUUGGCGAGAAGGGCCGUGGAUACCGGAGAUUCCUGGUGUUUGCCGAAUUGACAAAAGAUCGCAAGGCUGCAGAAUACGUUGCCCUGUAUGCCUACUUUUCCUUUCAAUUUUGGAUGAACACGAUCUUUGCGGAUGGACCUCGCCAAGUGAUCAACGCAAUCACUUUGUACUCGGUGAUGCAGAUGGACCUGAUUCCGGGCGGCAAAAACGCAGCUCACGAUGACGGAUCUUCCUCUGUCGGCCAAUUCUUUAACAAUGUUAAGAUUCUUGCCGAGGACAACAACCUUCAAGCCGUGGUGCUGUUUGGUAUGCUAUUCACCCUUAUUAUCUGGGUGUUGUCGGUGCUCAAAUUGAUCUCGGCGAUCGUGUUAUACCUGAUCUUCCUAUUCCAUCAUAUUCCAGCCGAAGACGGUACAUUGUCGAGAUAUUGUCGUCGCAAGGUUGGCCAACGGCUGAAGCGCAUUGUGCACCGCAAGAACAACAAGGCAUUGGCAAAGGGACUCAAGUUACAGAAUCGAGUACCUACUCAGCCGAGUUUGGCAGCGUUUGACACAAAACCAACCCUGCCUGCGUUUGCUGGUGACAAGGGUCCGGCAGUCGCAACCAUCUCGCGCAGCACCACCCAAACCACUCUCCCGCCUUACUCGCGGUCCAAUUCAACUGCACCUUCGAGCCAUAAUCCGACACUGCCCAACUUUGAUUUUGAGAAGCCUCCGCUCGCUCGAACGGCGACUUCUUCGUCCGCCGUGUCGGAGUCCGCAUCUGCAUCUCUGACUGGAAACGCCGCUGGAAUGGGCUACAGCCCCAUCGACAGUCAACGCCCGACCCUUCCCCCGGUACCUCCCCUGCCUGCGAAUGUUCCUCACAGAAUGGCUACCCCUCACUCUCGAGCGACUCCUGCGCUGUAUUCACACGAGGGAGACUACAACAGCACAGGUGCUGGGUAUCGCAACUUAACCGAUAGCGGCUCUGACUCGCACUCGCGACCGUACCAAAGCUACACACCGGCCCCUGAAUACGGUUCGACUGAUGUUGGAAGCUCCGAGGACUAUGAUGGAGACUACGAUUACUUCAACCGUACUCACGAGCCAGCGCAUUACGAUCCAUACGCUUCGAGGGUUACGCCUCACCCCAACCCCCAGUCAGACUACUACCACCAAGACCCGUACUCGGCGCGAUCCUACACACCGGCCAGUACAGGGGCAACACCUGCCCCCUAUCGCACCGACACACCCGCAAGCUAUCGACCUGCGCCUCCAUCAGCGUCCGUUCAGCAACCACCUCGAACCUUCACACCUAUGACAUCUGCGACCCCCGCACCGCAAACAGGCGGUUACACCGCAUUCAACCCAUCCAUGUCCUACCAGUCAGCUCAAUCUCACUCUCAGAGACCUCCAGCUCCGGACAGCUACAACCGAGCCCAUACUGUAUCGCCCUCAGCGAUGCACCGCGCACCUCCAGGCCAUUCAUUCAACCGGGCCAACACCCACCAAUAUUGA